AUGAUCUGGACGAGCAUCGAAGGCCUCUUCUGCAACAACAAGAAAAUCCGCAUCCUCGCUCUCGAGGCUGAGUUCCGCGGCACCGCACAAGGGGAUUUGCCUGUGCUACAGUACUAUCAGAAGAUGAAGUCCCUCGUUGAUGCUCUCGGCGCCCUCGACCACGCCAUCAGCGAUGAGACUCUCGUCCUCACAAUCCUCCGUGGCCUCACCAAGCGUUUCUCGAUGAUCUCCAUCAUCAUCGCCACCAAGACUCCGUUUCCUGACUUUCUGGAGGUGCGUACUCUUUUGCAGAUGAAUGAGGCAUCUCACACUAAAAAGGUGGCGGCUCCCAACACUCUCUACUCCUCCACCGGCAACCCCUCUGCUCCGCACACGUACAACUACUCGACCAAAAGCAACAACAAUGGUGGCAGCAGGGGUGGCAAGUACAAACCCAAGCCGAAGAAGGCCGGCGGCGAUGGCGGCGGCUCACCCAAUGGCAAUAACUAUCAAGGUGUUUCAGUCCCCUUCUUCAACCCUAUGACCGGUACUUUUUAA